AUGGUGAAUCCUCGAGCUCCCGGCAGUCUCUCGAGAAAGAUCCGCAUCACUGUGGUCGCCGCUGAUGGCCUGGCCAAGCGUGAUGUCUUUCGCCUUCCCGAUCCUUUUGCCAUUGUCACUGUGGACGGAGAGCAGACACAUUCGACAUCGGUAAUCAAAAAGACGCUCAACCCGUAUUGGAACGACAGCUUCGAUGUCAACGUCACCGACUCUUCCGUCAUUGCUGUUCAAAUCUUUGACCAGAAGAAGUUUAAGAAGCGCGACCAAGGCUUCCUCGGCGUCAUCAAUAUCCGCGUCGCCGACGUUCUUGAUCUCGAGCUUGGCGGAAAGCGCUUACUGAACAAGGAGCUCAAAAAGUCCAACGACAACCUUGUCGUUCACGGCAAGCUCAUUAUCGACCUCAACACCAACGUCUCGACGCCCAUCAACAACAACUCGACCGCUGGUCCCACCAAUCUUCUCGUUCCGGGCACGUCCAACGCCUCCUCGGCCUCGCUUGCCACGCCAUCUUCCUCCAGUGUAACUCGCUCGGAUGCUCCUCCGAACACCUCUGGCAGCGGUGCGAUCGCUGCCGCUGCAACUGCCGCCUCGACCGCCUCGACCAACGGCGAUACUUCGAGCAGACCCGCAUCCACCAUCGAUACUGCGUCCUCUUCUGCUAGUGUAACUGUUCCCUCUUCCGCUGCCACCACGCCCUCGGCUGGCGUCAACAACGAAGCAAGGUCGUCUGCAGCGCCCACAUCCACUGCGUCGCGCCCCAACCCCUCGCAGGAUACCCGCUCUGACGAGUAUGGACCGCUUCCAGCUGGCUGGGAGAGGAGAACCGAUCACCUCGGCCGCACGUACUAUGUUGACCACAACACACGCUCGACCACAUGGACGAGGCCUUCGACUAACCCGAGUGCCAACGAUGCUGCUGCUGCUAGCUCGUCAGCAGCUGAUCGCCAGAGACACAGCAACCGAGCGUUAGCCGACGACUUCCUCGGUGUCAACGAUGGCGACACAUCGCGCUCCUCAGCUACUGGCUCAACCGCUACCAGCCCCGGCGCUGCUGCUGCCUCGGCCAAUCCUUUGCCCGCGAGCUCGAGCACCACCGCCGGCAACGGCCCUCUCCCUGCUGGCUGGGAGCAGCGUCACACACCCGAAGGUCGUCCUUACUUUGUGGACCACAACACCCGUACCACCACAUGGGUGGAUCCGCGUCGACAGCAGAUCCUCCGAAUCAUGGGCCCCAACGGCAGCAACCUCACCGUGCAGCCCCAGAGUGUGUCGCAACUCGGUCCGCUUCCCAGUGGCUGGGAGAUGCGUCUCACCUCGACCGCCAGGGUCUACUUUGUGGAUCACAACACCAAGACCACCACCUGGGACGAUCCUCGACUGCCUUCGAGUCUCGACCAGAACGUGCCGCAGUACAAGCGUGACUUCCGUCGCAAGCUCAUCUACUUCCGAAGUCAGCCUGCGUUGCGUCCGAUCCCUGGUCAAUGCCACAUCAAGGUUCGUCGAACUCACAUCUUCGAAGAUUCGUACGCAGAGAUUAUGCGGCAGCAGCCAAACGACCUUAAAAAGCGUCUCAUGAUCAAGUUUGACGGCGAAGAUGGUCUCGACUACGGUGGUCUGUCGCGAGAGUUCUUCUUCCUGCUGUCUCACGAGAUGUUCAACCCCUUCUACUGCCUCUUUGAGUACAGCGCGCACGAUAACUACACCUUGCAGAUCAACCCACACUCGGGCAUCAACCCGGAGCACCUCAACUACUUCAAGUUUAUUGGACGUGUGCUUGGUCUCGCCAUCUUCCACCGACGUUUCCUGGACGCCUACUUUAUCGUUUCGUUCUACAAGAUGAUUCUCAAGAAAAAGAUCACGCUGAGCGAUCUCGAGUCGGUGGAUGCCGACUACCACCGCUCGCUGCAGUGGAUGCUGGACAAUAGCAUCGAGGGAAUCGUAGAAGAAACUUUUACGGCGGUCGAAGACAAGUUCGGCGAGAUGGUCACGGUCGAGCUCAAGAAGGGCGGAGAGGAGGUCGAAGUGACGGACGAAAACAAGAAGGAGUACGUGGACCUGAUGACCGAGUGGCGAAUCUCGAAGCGUGUCGAAGAGCAGUUCAAGGCGUUCAUCUCUGGGUUCACCGAGCUCAUUCCGCAAGAUCUGAUCAAUGUGUUUGACGAGCGCGAGCUGGAGCUGCUGAUCGGUGGUAUGUCCGAGAUUGACGUGGACGACUGGAAAAAGUUUACCGACUAUCGUGGCUUCACCGAGCAGGACCAGGUGGUUCAGUGGUUCUGGCAGUGCGUUCGUGCCUGGCCGACGGAGAAAAAGUCACGUCUGCUGCAGUUUGCUACUGGCACGUCGAGAAUCCCGGUCAAUGGCUUCAAGGAUCUCCAAGGCUCGGAUGGACCUCGACGAUUCACAAUUGAAAAAUCGGGCGAUGUCAACCAGCUUCCUAAAUCGCACACCUGCUUCAACCGUAUCGACCUUCCGCCAUAUCCUUCGUUCGAGACGCUGGAAAGCAAGCUUGCGCUCGCCAUCGAGGAAGGUAUGGGUUUUGGAAACGAGUAG